AUGGCUAUCCCCCGCAGCUAUCUACUUCUCUCACCAUACAUACACUCUCUCUUGCUGCAGGCAUCGGUUGCACAAUAUGCAGAUGUAAGUACAGCUCGCUGCCGCCCCACUAUCCCAACUCAUCAGCGUAGGUUCAAUCGGAACAACGCCGAUUACGAGGACUAUCCUCCGAGCGUCCGGGCAUCUGCCAAUCAUCAACCGACACGUCCUGUUGACAAGGACAAGAAUGAGGCAGAACUUGCUGUGCACAUCAAGAAGGCGACAUCUGCCGAAGAGACUGCUCCCAUCUCCACUAACGCUCAAGAGUGUAUCGUUUACACGUGGGACUACCACUCCUCGACAUCCGUAUGGAACAGCCUGAGGACUCAGCCAAUAUUGGCAGACGAGGUCCAAACCUUCAAGAGUCUGAUUGUCGUGCACAAGCUCCUGCAAGAGGGUCAUCCGGUCACCUUGAAGGAGGCACACCAGCAGACUGGCUGGAUUGAGACCUGCGGACGCACAGCUGGUGAUGGCGUCAAAGGCUAUGGUCCCCUCAUCAAGGCGUACACGUCCUUCCUACUGUCCAAGCUGCGCUUUCAUCGUCACCAUCCCGAGUUCAACGGGUUGUUCGAGUACGAGGAGUAUAUCAGUCUCAAGAACAUUGACGAUCCCAAUGAAGGAUACGAGACCAUCACCGACCUCAUGACUCUGCAAGAUCAGAUCGAGUCAUUCCAAAAGCUCAUCUUCAACACAUUCCGUGGCUCCAACACCAACGAAUGCCGUAUCUCCGCUCUUGUUCCUCUGGUCAAGGAGAGCUUUGGAAUCUACAAGUUCAUUACGAGCAUGCUCCGAGCGAUGCAUCGACGGACGGAAAAUGAGGAUGUACUCCAGCCGCUUCGAGAAAGAUACAACGCCCAGCACUUCAACCUGAGGCGUUUCUACUAUGAAUGCUCCAACCUCAAAUACCUUACUGGUCUCAUCAAUGUGCCCAAGCUCGGACAGGAACCGCCCAAUCUGAUCGACUCUGGCGAAGCUCCCGAACUCCCCAACCGACCCAACAUCGAGCCUCGAGCAGAGCCAAAGCGGAGCGAGUCGCCCGCGCCCACAGCAGGCGAGAUUGAGGAGCAGCGUCGAAUGCUGGAAGAGUAUGAGCGCAAGCAGGCCGCGCUCGUCUCCCAGCGGGAAGCUGCUCAGCGCAAGCAGGAGGAGGACAAGCGUCGGCAGGAGGCGGACUAUGCUGAGCAGCAGCGGCUCCAGCAGGAGAGGGAGCGACAGGCGCAGGAGCAGCUUCUUCGGGAGCAAAUGAACCAGCAAAACCAGCAUUACAACAGCCAGCAGCAGCAAUACGGACAGGUCGCCGAGCUGCAGCAGGAGAUGUUGGGUAUGCGGGGACAAUACGAACGCGACCAGAUGCUGCUGGAGCAAUACGAUCGGCGAGUCAAAUCCCUCGAGAGCGAGCUCGGUCUCAUCGGCGCCAACGUCGGUGCCCAAAUGUCGGCCAAGGACGAUCUCAUAAUGCAACUCCAAAAGCAGAUCGAGAUCUGGAAGAGCAAGUACGAAGCGCUGGCCAAGCUCUACUCGCAGUUGCGCGGGGAACACCUUGAUCUUCUCAACAAGAGCAAGGGGUUCCAGCUAAAGGCAAACUCUGCCCAAGAGGCCGUCGACAAGAUGGAGAGGAUGGAGCGGGACGUCAAGGCCAAGAACCUGGAGCUGGCCGACAUGAUCAGGGAGCGAGAUCGAGCUCGUUACGAUGUUGACCGUCUUCGAUCAAGCCACAAGGAAGAACUCGACCGAAUCAAGCGAGACCUAUCUUUUGCCCAGGAACGCGCAGAAGACUCAUCGCGGAACAAGAGCUCCGAGGUGUCUGGCAUCAUGUCCAAGUACAACCGCCAACUCAACGAGCUGGAGGACUCGCUACGCGCCAAGCAGAUGCAAAUCGACGACCUCCUGCACCGGAUCGACGAAAAGGAGGGCGAGGUGGCAAGGGUUGUGGAAGAGAAGGAGCAAGAGCUGUUGAUUAUGCAAGAGGGCAUGGACUCUACGUUGAAAGAACUCAGCGAGAUGCGCAUUACUUCUGGCGACACCAACCAAGCCUUCGAUGCCCAAGUCGACACCCUCAUCCUCGACCACCGCAAAGAGCUCAACGCCAUCAUCGACUCCAUCCUCCAAGCAUGCGUACAGAAGGUGGACGACGCCAUGUACGAGCUGGAAUCCCCAAUGCAAACUGGCAACACCACCGCAACCCCCGAGUACACCCUCUCCAUGAUCGAAAAGGCCAUGACAAACGCCACCGAGUUUGCCUCCACCUUCAAUCUCUACCUCGCCAAAAAGAGCGGCGGUACCCAUGUCGACGUGAUUCGGUCGGCGAAUGAAUUUGCGCAAGCACUUUCAGAGACCCUCGUCAGCUCCAAGGGCAUCACGCGGUUCGCCGAGACCGACGACGCCUCGGACAGGCUCGUCAAGGUGGCAAAGAGCUCGGGCGACGCUGGCCAGCGGUUCUUCCUCAACCUUCAGUCUUUCCGCUUGCUUGCUGGCGGAAAGACUGAGGACGUUGCCCUUCGCAACAACGCCGAGACACGCGGGGCACUUGCCAAGCUGUCCGAGUCGGUGGAGAAGCUUAUUCCCAAGGCGAGCUCCACCCUGGCGCGGUCCAACGGCGAUAUCGGGGACAUCGUUUCGCAGGAGAUGCAGAACGCUGCUCGGGCAAUCGAGCAGGCCACUCAGCGUCUUCAAUCUCUUAUGGCGCGGGAGAAGGGGCCAAAAUACAAUGCUCUGGACAUCCAAGUCCAUGAUGCCAUCCUCGAGGCUACCUUGGCCAUCACCAACGCCAUCGGUCGGUUAAUCCGGGCGGCGACCGAGAGUCAGGAGGAGAUUGUACGGGAGGGCAAGGGGUCCAGCACAACACAGCAAUUCUACAAGCGAAACAAUCGGUGGACGGAGGGUCUCAUCUCGGCUGCCAAGGCUGUGGCGUACGCUACCGGUCUCCUCAUCGAGACUGCGGACGGUGUAAUCUCUGGCUCGCACUCGCUCGAGCAGCUCAUCGUGGCAUCCAACGAGGUAUCGGCCGCAACCGCUCAGCUCGUGGCUGCAUCCCGGGUCAAGGCGUCGUUGAUGUCCAAGACACAGCAGACUCUGGAGGUGGCGGCCAAGGCGGUGACGGAUGCUUGCAAGGCGUUGGUACGGCAGGUCAAGAUCAUCUCCAAUCGGGAGGGAGAUGAGGAUGCGGUCGACUACAAGUCGAUGCCGUCGCAUGAGUUCAAGAUGAGGGAGAUGGAGCAGCAGGUGGAGAUUCUGAAGCUAGAGAAGGAUCUAGGCGCGGCUCGGCGGAGAUUGGGAGAGAUGCGGAGGGCAGGAUAUCAUCAAUACGCAGAUUAG